UCUUUUUAUACUUACAUUUUAAUGAGAAAAUACAACUCAAGAGUUAUCUUACAUCAGUGAGAUUUCGUCACAUGAAACCUUAGUUAUAUAAGACCACUUCAUUGGACUCUCCAAAAUUCAGAAGAUCAAAAGAAAUCCUUGGUAUUUUUUUCAUUCCACAAGUUUGUUUGCAGAAGUUUGCUAAUUGGUGUUGAUCUACUUCUUCUUUUGAGUGUUCUUGAGUUUGUUUCAGACUACACAUAAUCAUGGUGAUGGUUUGUACUUUAUGUGAUGGUGCCUUGAAAGUUGGAGCUGGUAAUGCCAUUUUCUCUGCAGAGUGCUCACAUUCCUUUCAUUUUAAUUGCAUUGCUUCUUAUGUGAAGUAUGGAAACCGCAUUUGCCCAACUUGUGAUGCUAAAUGGAAGGAUAUUCCUUUCACUAGCCCUCCAAAUCCACAACAGCCAUCUCAACUGAAUUCCACACCACUGCCAAGUACUCUUUCGCGGACAAAUUCUAAUCGGAUCGUUAGAUUCACUACAUCAAAAUUCCCAUCUUCUGAGCCAUCUGUCUUCAAUGACGAUGAUCCCUUAGACAUCCAAUCUCGUUUUUCCUCUAAUGACAUUUCUAUUGUCAGGUCCGUUGAAAUCAAUACACACACUGAAUUCCCAGCUGUUCAGCGAUCAAUUUCGCAAGAAAAUUUCCAUAUACUGAUCAAUCUCAAAGCCCAUGUUACCGAUAUAAAUCAAGUUCAUAGUCAUAUAUCCCAAACUUGUCGUGCACCAAUUGACCUCGUCACGGUUCUUGACAUAAGUGGUAGCAUGAAAGGUACAAAAAUUCAGUUGUUAAAGCGAGCCAUGGGGUUUGUGAUAGACAACCUUGGUCCUUCUGACAGAUUAUCUGUAAUUAGCUUCUCAUCUAAUGCCCGCCGCCUCUUCCCCCUUCUCCUCAUGACUGGUUCUGGUAAGCAACAUGCACUACAAGCUGUGAAUUCUUUGGUUGCUGAUGGUGAGACAGACAUUGUAGGAGGACUAAAGAAGGGAGCGAAAGUCAUUGAAGACCGGAAACACAAAAAUCCUGUUUGUAGUAUCAUGUUAUUAUCAGAUGGGCAAGAUUCGUUCUCGAAGAGAAUCAACCUUAAAAAUAUUUCAAGGUUGCAAAUUCCAGUUCAUACAUUUGGAUUUGGUGCAGACCAUGACCCCAACAUGUUGCACUCGAUUGUGGAGGGUUCAAAGGGAACUUUUUCUUUUAUUGAAGCUGAGGGAUUAAUACAAGAUGCAUUUGCUCAGUGUAUCGGUGGUCUCCUCAGUGUAAUUGUGCAAGAUUUGCAAGUACGUGUCCACUCGCUUGACCCUUAUGUUUGUCUUAGUCAACUAAAAGCAGGGAGUUAUUCCACCUAUCUGACAGGUGAUAACCAAAUAGGAUCUGUCGACAUCGGGGAUUUGUAUGCUGAUGAAGAGAGGGAUUUUCUCGUUCUGGUUAACAUUCCAGUUGUAGCAGGUGGAAUUUUCAACGAUCAGAUGAAGUUGGUUAGUGUGUGGUGUGAUUACAAAGAUCCUUUUACUAAAGAAUCUGUUACAACUGAAGCUGUAGAAGUGAAACUUCAGAGACCCGAAAUGGUUAAUGAAGAUAUGGUUGUUUCUGUAGAGGUUGAUAGGCAGAAGAACAGGUUGCAGGUCGCCGAGGCAUUGAGUAAUUCACGUGCUGCUGCUGAGAGAGGUGAUCUGGCCACCGCGAUGUCAAUAAUUGAUAGUUGUAGGAUGCAGAUGUCAGAUACUGCCUCUAUGCAUGCUGGUGACAGAUUUUCUCAUGAAUUAGAUUUAGAGCUCCAAGAGGUGAGAUCGAGGAUGGAAAACAGGAAAAUUUAUGAGUCAACAGGAAGGGGAUUUCUACUUUCCGGAAUGAUUUCACAUUCGAGGCAACUGGCUACAGCUCGAGGAGAUUCUAUUGAGAGUUCAUCAAGCUUCAGUCAGGCUUACCAGACAACUUUCAUGAGCAACAUGGUUAAUCUAUCUCGUCAGUCUCUUCGAGAUCUCCCUCCUCCAGACAGUUCACACCAACAAUAGUUAAACAAUAAAUUGCUCUAUGUUGCAAUUUCUUUAGUUUUAUAGAUUUAACUUCUCUGGAUGGAUCCAUUAGUGGGAUUCUUAUUUUAUGGAGCGCUAUUUCAAGAUGUAACCGUUUCUUUCUUUUUUUUUAAGUUCUGAAAAUUGAUUAAUAUGCAAGGAUUAAAGUGUUUUAGAGUAAAAGAGUUUACCUUCUUUUUUGUUUA